AUGUCUGUGCCAGCUUACGCGAAUGAUACGCGCGUCACGGGCUACGACCCGCUGCUUGCUCCGUCCAUGCUUGUCCAUGAGCUUCCACUCACGGAAAAUGCUAAGCGGACCGUGGCGCGCGCGCGCUUCGACAUUGCCAACAUUGUGAACGGCAAAGACGACCGCCUCCUCGUCGUCGUCGGCCCAUGUUCGAUCCACAGCCCCGAGCAGGCGAAGGAUUACGCACGCAUGCUGCAAGAGGCUUGGAGUGAGCGCUGGAAGGACGGUCUCGUGGUGGUCAUGCGCGCAUACUUUGAAAAGCCACGCACAACCGUCGGCUGGAAAGGACUCAUCAACGACCCCGCCAUGAACGGCAGUUUCGACAUCAACCGGGGCUUGCGCGUCGCCCGCCAACUGCUUGUAGAUCUUACAGACUUGGGCAUCCCCGUCGGCUGCGAGUUCCUCGAUACCAUCUCGCCCCAGUACGUCUCGGAUCUUUACUCGUGGGGCGCCAUUGGCGCACGUACCACCGAGUCCCAGCUCCACCGCGAGCUCGUCUCUGGCCUUUCCAUGCCUGUGGGUUUCAAGAACUCGACCGACGGUGGGAUUGGUGUCGCAAUUGAUGCCAUCCGCGCAUCCUCCUCCCCGCAUUACUUUAUGGGCGUCACCGGGCAAGGACUGGCUGCGAUUGUCAAGACUGCGGGAAAUAGCGACUUGCACAUUAUCCAUCGCGGCGGGACCAACGGAACGAAUUACGACGCAGCGAGCAUUCAAGCAAGCAAGGCGGAUAUACUCAAGGCCAUGCCUGACCGGCACCCGAGCAUCAUGGUCGAUGCGAGCCACGGGAACAGCCAAAAAGACUACCGCAACCAACCCAAAGGCGCAGGAGCCGUGGCAGAGCAGGUACGCAAUGGCGAGCUCGCCAUCACGGGAGUUAUGCUCGAGUCGAACAUCCACGAAGGGAAGCAGAGCGAGCCCAAGGACGGCAAGAAGCCCGAGGAGCUCGAGUACGGCGUGUCGAUUACCGACGCGUGUAUCAGCUUCGAGACGACCAAGCAGCUCUUGGACCAGCUGAACGACGCUGUCCUUGCGCGCCGUGCCGCGCGUACUAAUGUAUAG